GCACUCUGCAUUGUUGCCAUGGCAGAGUCUCUCAGGGAAGGAAAACGACAGGCAAUGCACAUGCUCAGAGAUACAGCCCUACAUGUUUUACUAGCAGUUUGCAGCAGCCAUUCAAAGAGACCACCACAAAGGCAAGUGAGAGAUCAGUGAAAAGAUAAAGUCUCCAUACCAAGAUGCUGAAGGCUUGCAUUAGCAGAGCAGUCACGUUGGUGCCUUUAAUUCUUAUAGUCUGGUUUAUUUCUGCAAAGCCAGCUACUGCUGAAGAGGAAUCGGGAACAACAAUCCCUGCAGAAAGUCGCCCAUGUGUUGAUUGCCAUGCAUUUGAAUUCAUGCAGAGGGCGUUACAAGAUUUAAAGAAGACAGCUUACAAUUUAGAUUCACGGACAGAAACAUUGCUUUUUAAAGUGGAGAAGAGAACUCUUUGUGACUGCUUAGCUGCAAAUGCCCUGAACUGAAUAUUGGAGAUCUCCCUAGUGGUUGCUGAUUCUUCAACAGCUUUUAAAACACUGCUGUUAGUGCAGACAGAUUUAGGAAAUUAAAUACAGCAAACAUGUAAUCCCCACCCGGGGCACUUAUGAAUCUAAGUAGACAAGAUUGCUGUGUGUUUGCCUUCUGAGUACUUGUAUAAUUUUUCCCCACCCAUGUUGAUGUCAUUGUGAAUUUUCCAAAAGAAGGCAAAUGCUGGAAGGGGUGCCACUGGGAGCUAUUACUAAAAUAUGGACAUUU